UUCUCUCUCUCUCUCUCUCUCACACACACACACAUACACACACCCCACCAUCAUCCAAGCCAGCCCGAGCCGAUAACUUCACUGCAGUCAGCAGCUUUUGCUCUGGAGUCUCCAGGCUGGCUGAAGAUACAGAGAGCCACGGAAACAGGUCCUGGGCGCCGAAGGUUUUCCUGCGCUCUGGGAAAUGGGGAAGCUAGCCACCGUUCCCAUUGUCCUGCUUUGUGGGAAAUUCCUUGUAAUAUUCCUUCUAAGGGAAACGCUCGGCCAGAGCAAGCCACGAGAGGGCCGAGUGUGCGCCCGAAAUAUGCUGAGAAUCCCCUUAGCCUACAAUGAGACGUACGCCAAGCCCCAACACCAGCCAUAUUUGACGCUGUGCCCAGGACCUCGCGUGUGCAGUUCUUACAGGACGGCCUACCGGGUAGCCACGCGACAGGUGAGGAAAGAGAUUUUACAGGCCCACAUCAUUUGCUGCCCAGGAUGGAAGAAACGUCACCUGGGAGACACUAAGUGCGAGGAAGCCAUUUGUCACAAGUCAUGCCAGAAUGGAGGCAGCUGCAUCCAACCAAAUAACUGCCAGUGUCCGCCUGGCUGGGGUGGACGGUAUUGCCAGAUUGAUGUGGACGAGUGCAACACGCCGCUUGCUCACUGCGCACAAGACUGUCUUAACACUGCUGGCAGCUACAAGUGUCAGUGUCGGGCUGGGUACAUCCUUGAGCCAGAUGGCAAGAGCUGUCAUCUGCUUCCCACCGGCCAGGCUGUGCCUCUGCUCGGCACCAAAGUGCAAACUUUAGGGAUUCAGGAAACAAUUCCCAAUGAGAUCCAGGAGCUUCAAGCAAAAGUGGAACAGCUGGAAGAGCGCCUGGAGCAAGCCAUCUCUAUCUUGCCAACCUCCGUGGAGCCCACCCAGAUCAAGGAGAUGUGGAACCGCCUUCGUUACUUGGACCAUGUGGAAUCCCUCAGCGAGCAGCUCCUGUUUCUUGAAGAGAAACUGGGAGAUUGUGCCUGUCAAAAUGAUAAAAAUGGCUUUGGCUACGACCUCACCCGGUGAUGCCCGAAUCUUGGGACUCAACCUGGAUCAGCAGAAAACCAGCCUUUUUCCUCCCUAACUUUGCGCUGGUGGGUCUUGUCGUUAGAAGCUCUAAUUAAUUCUUUAUUUAUGCUAGCGGGCAUGGCUUAUUAAUUGAAAACAAAACACAGCAGGUUGCAACUCUGCUGGAUUAAUUAAGAACAAAGGCUGUCUUCAAAUCCCACCGAAAACUUCCAGAUGUUCACUCCUGACAGCCGGUGGCAUCCAUCCAGAGUUAAGCCUUUUUAUAGCUGCUUUAGUGGUAUGAGAAACAUUGUUUUAGAGACUUUUUGGCGAGUUUAAUCUCGGGAUGGGGAAUUGGUGAUUUGGCAUAUUCUGCACGUUUGACCCCUUUGGUUCUGAUGGAGCUCCAAAAUUGAUUCAAGGAUCCAGGUUAAGCCAACAGAGUUUUGUUAUCUCUUUUAAUUUUCUCCCAAUUGCAUUUCCUUGCUGAAAUGUACAUGCUAUUCACGUGAGGGAUCCGUGCCUCUUUCCCAUCUUUUCCAAGUACUUUUCUGAUGAGUUGUAUAAACUGGCUAUGUUGUAUUAAGAGGCAAUCCGGACCGCUGGCCGCCUCAGUACCUUCCACAAGGAUGGGUGGGAUUACAAUUCACAAAAAUCCCAGCCAGCCUGCAGAAGAUUAAGCUAAAGGAAUUGCUUGUUUGGCUAAAAUCCUUCUUUGGGUUUGAAAGGACUCAGUUCUUAUGAAGAUCUAUCUUUUAUGCAUAUUUGUAUUUGGUUAUUGAACACUGAAUUUUAAUCAGGAAGUUCCCUGUUCCUGUUUUUUCCAGUCGCACUAGAAUUCAUUGUUACUAGUUUUUUAGACUUACUAAAUCAUUUAAAAGAGAGAGAGAGAGAGAGAGACCAAGAAGUCAAUUUAUGCCUAUAAAUUAUGAAGGCAAACAUCCUUUGUGAUGGGCUUGUUACCUUGGUGGGCUGUUUUUGUUCUAUUUUAAUGUUGUUUUAACUCUUUUAAAAUGCCUAAAGCCAAGUGUGAGUGAGUAGCCAUAAAAAUGGAAAUAAGAAAUACAAGUAAAUAAAUAAAUUUGCUGGAUUUAACAACCUAA